AAUUUUUUCAAUUUAUUUUUAUGCAAAAAUAUUUUUAAUUUUAUUCAUUUUCACUAUAAAAGGCCCAAAAAAGUGAGCCAAAGUCGCUAAGCAAAGCGACGGUUUUUUUUAUCAUUUUGGGAGUUUUGGGAGUCGGAGAAGAUUGACGGAGACGGAGAGCUGAGAAGAAGACGAUGCUGAGAGGGAGGGAAAGCCUAAUCCGGCUGGUCGGAAAACGCCGUCGUUUCCUUCCCCAUCGUCAAGCUUUCCUCUCCGCUCCUUUCCAGAGCUCGUUGAAUUUUCGUGGUGAUGGAGAUGGGGAAGUGGGUAAUAAUGGAAAGAUGGAGUCUUUGGAAGGUGGAGGAGGGGAACAUGAAGGAGAAGAAGAUAGUGUGGAAGUGAGCUGCCCAGUUUGUGGCAACAAAGUGAGUGGGAAUAAUACCGCCAUUAACUCUCAUAUAGAUGUGUGCCUACUGAGAGGAACCAAGCGGAAAUUGACCCAACGCACACUUCUUGAAAUGAAGUUCUCCCAAAAGUCAAAAGUUCAAAUUCAUACACCUGUCUUGGAGCCGUUAGGAAAUAGUUUAUUUGAUAAUAUUGUACAGGAUUCCAUUCAUCGAUUGAGUGAUUGUGGUGCUUCAGUUGAAGUAAAUGGAAGCAAUUUGUGUGGGUCAGUGUUGAACUCAAAGUCUGUGACGGAAACUGACAUAGAUGGUCGAUCUAAAAACACAGUCAAUUCUGACAGGACUGACAUCAAUGUUGAUGCCCCUUCAUUAUUGUUAAAGAAUGAGGUGCCUGAAUGUGAUUUUGCCAUGUCUAUGGAUGACAUUUCUGGCACGAUUCUUGAAACUUUUAUUGUAGGUCGUAGGUUUAGUAAUGAGAAAGAGCUAAAUCCUGGGGAAAAUAUUAUUCUUGUAAGAGAUCCUCAUAAUGCUAAGGAUCCCAAUGCUAUUGAGGUUAUUUCUUCAGAUACUGGAUAUUCUAAAGUGCUUGGUUUUCUUCCUCGUGAGUUAGCUCGAUAUUUAUCUCCUUUAAUUGACAAGUGCUGCCUAAGAUUUGAGGGACAGGUUACUUCUGUUCCAGAGUGUUCAUUUGAUAUUGUUCCGAUUCAAGUUAGCUGUCGUAAAAUUGUACUAAAUGGCAAUAAAGAAAACAAUAGCAUUAAUUUUUUCAGAUAUUUAUGGAAUAAUGCUCUGCAAGUAAUUGAAUCCGCAAAGAAAAGUUCAACUAGUACAACAAAAUAUCAGCAGAACUUCUGUGUCUUUGUACAAGAAGUUUUAAGAAAUAAUUCUCACCUUUUUGCAGACGAUGAAAAAGAUUUUAUGGAAUCAUUCAAUUCUUUGUCAGAUGAUAGUCAGAGGCUUUUUAUUCGUCUUUAUACACGUAAAGGGCCAUGGUUUCGGAUGUCAAGUAUUUCCUACCCAGAAAUAUUGGAUCCUCAAAAGGCAGUGGAAGAGCUCUCUGAAAAGGGUUACACAUGUUCCUUUGAAGUUAAAACCAAGCCACAUGAUGAUGAUUUGAGUAGGAUUGUGAAUUUGCUGACUGUAGCUGAACUACGUGAAAUUAUGUGCACACUUAAGAAGAAUUGCAGUUUUGGCACGAGAAAGCAGGAUCUUAUUGCGUCUCUACUUUCUAUAUACAAAGAUGGAUUCUGCUCUCGACUACCUGGUAUGAUUUUGGAUAAAACAUGUGGUUGUAUUUCCAUAUCUUCAAAAGCUGAAGCCCUUUUCUGGCGUGCUGAGAGGCUUUUCUUUCUAAAUGGAGAGCAGGAUCUGUCAGCAUUUUUGUUAGUUGAUUUGGGCAUAGUCAAGUACCCAACUUACAAUUGCAUAAUUACAGAACAGAUUUUCUUGGGUUGUGAUGACCUGCUUGCUUAUGAAGAGGCCAUUGAAGUGGCUCAAAUGAUUGAUGAAUCCCUUGAUGAAAACAACAAUGAAUUGGUGUUGAGAUGCAUAAAGAUAGCUCAGUCCCAUAUAUCCAGCACACCUAUGAAAAUAACUGAAUCGUCAAUCUCCAAAUCAGUGGUUUCAUUUCAUUUUUCUUUUUCUGCAUCGUGGGUCUACUCAAAAGUCAUUUUGUUAGGAAUUUCCUUUUUCGAGCGUGAACGUAGGUAUAAUGAUGCAAUAUAUUUAUUGAAGCAGCUGCUAGAGUGUUUCACUUGUAAUGGUAGAAGAGGAUAUUGGAUGCUGAGGUUGUCAGUUGACUUGGAGCAUAUAGGCUGUCAUGAUGAGAGCCUUUCUGUUGCUGAAAAUGGAUUACUGGACCCCUGGGUACGUGCUGGUUCAAGAAUGGCAUUGCAGAGGCGGGUCCUUCGAUUAGGUAAACCACCAAGGCGCUGGAAAAUUCCUGAUUUUGCAAAGUCUGUCAAGAGGAAGAUUAAUGAGGUUCAUGUUCUCGGGAGACCUUUGAAUUCAGAGACAGGUACAAAGAGCAGAUUCUAUGGAGAAGAUGGGGAACAAUGUGGGGUGGAGGAGCUUGCACUACAGUAUUAUGCUGGGGAAGGAGGUGGAUGGAAGGGUGUGCAUACAGAGUCUGGCAUUUGGCUGACUAUUUUUGGGCUUCUUAUGUGGGAUGUAAUGUUUUGUGAUGUGCCAAACGUCUUCCGUACCAGGUUUCAGACUGCUCCUUUGGACUUGGAGACUGAUAGCUUUUAUCUGGUCCGAAAGGACCAAAUAGAAUCUCACCUUAAGAAAAUUCAUGAUGGAAUGGCUGAGGAGAUUCUCAUCACAUCAUGGCAAUCACAUCAGGGAACAGCUUGUAGAGGAGUAAACUGGGACAGGGUUACCCUCUCUGACCUCCGAGCUGCUGUUGGAUGCAUUGGUGGACCAUGUUUGGCCUUAUUCUGCCGACAUCUUGCACAAGAUUACCGGAGCUGGUCAAGUGGAAUGCCAGAUUUGUUGCUAUGGCGAUUCCAUGAUGAAUACCGAGCUGAAGCCAAGCUUGUUGAAGUUAAAGGCCCCAGGGAUCGACUUUCCGAACAGCAAAGAGCAUGGCUACUGCUUCUAAUGGAUUGUGGGUUCAAUACAGAGGUAUGUAAAGUGAGCCCUGAACCAACACCUUGAUGAAGAUAUGCUGCCCAGGCAUAUGAAAUGAAACAUACAUGCAACAUGAAAGACUUGAGCACAGGAGCUUUCUGUAGAAAUUCAUUGACUUUCUGAGAAGUAUGCUUUGCAAAUUCUUUGUCAAUGAUUCUUUGAUGCAACUGGAAGGUAAAAUUGUCCAUUUAGCUGAGAAGAAUGCAAGUAUGGUAAAAGAAGUACAUGCGAGUAUGGUAAAAGGAGUUCAUGUUAGAGACAAGGUUCAGCUGCAGGCUGCGGAACAACUGCAGGGAGAGAAUUAAGGUUUCAUAAAACAGUUGGAUGCAAAAGAAAUUUUUUCUUAGGAUAGCAUAGGAGGAAGAUUGUUGUAUUUAGGAAUCCAAGGGUUUGAUUCUUCUUGGAUAGCAUUGUGUUGGUGUUCUUGUUUUUCUGGGAGCUUAAUGUGGGAAUCUUGGGCUUUAAUGGAUCAAUUGUUGGGGAUUAUAUAGUUUUAAUUCUUGUUUACAUUUUGGGGUUUGUGAAUUUGUAUUGAAUUAACUCUUGUACUUAAUAUUGGACAUACGGAUUAAUUCCUAGUGGGGCUUAUGCUUGUAAAUUUCUUAAAUAGAUGAAAGUUAUUUUGUCUUC